UUCUUUUUUAUUUGCGGUUUUGUGGAUCUCGACUCGUCUUGGUCCAUGAAAAUAGAGAAAAAAAGAACUCAACCAAUAUCCAACCAUCUCGACCUCGCGCUUAUUCAGUAUCACAUGUAUAUGUAAUCAGAUUAUAGCAUGAACAAAAAGCACUCCUGCUAGAAAUAAACCUAAGGGCUGAAUAAAUUAAAGUGGUAGACAUAACACUGUACAACGAAACAUUUCCUAUUGUGUUUUGCCAAGUUAUGUUUAAUAUCGAAAGUAAAACUGAUGAUCUUAUCUCAUCUGUCACGCCACUUUGUUAAUUUUUUACUCAUAUUCCGGGAAAAAGAGGAUGUUUUGUAAUUGUCGGGAGUUCGAGAAACAGAAGGAACUUAAAUAAUUCAUGGACGGCAUUCUAACGACGACGACAUCGGUUGCUUAAGCACUUACAAGAGAGCGUUUGGAGAGAGCAGAAGAAAAUUUACAACAAGCUUACAGCCAUGGCUGAAAUUGUUGAAGAAUUUGAGAGGAAAGCGAGAUUUAAAGAUGAAAUUGAAGCUGAUUUAAUCCGAAAGAAGCUCGAAACACUGGUGAUCAGCAUCCUGACGAAAGUCGAGCAGAGAGACGAGCGGUUUGAGAGCACUCUUAUCCACAGCGGGAGUGUUUACGAAGGAGCUAAAGUUCGCCAGCCAGAUGAAUUCGACUUCAUGGUGAAACUUAACUCUCUCACGAACAAGCCAUCCUUUCAUCAGUGCGAAAAGAGAGAAGGUUACGUUAAGCUCGCUCUGGAAGAAACCGAAUGGAGGGAAUUUCAAGACGAAGAGGGCUUCUUCAGUCCAAACAUGGUCUGUCGCCAUUUUAAGAAACUCGUGAACGAAUGUUUAAGCGAGGCAGAAGUACCAAAGGAACUUCAGAUCCGGCGAGCUAGUCAAGAAUUGUUGGGUGGGUCGUGGGGACCGGUGUUUUCUGACAUACUCGGUAGCAGUGGUGCUGAAGACAGUGCAUCUGGAGUGAUUUACUCCGAAACUCACGGCCCAGCCACAACACUUUACAUCGAUUGGCAAGGCGGAGAGACUUACAAAGGUCUCACUGUUAGUGUCGACCUGACCCUUACAAUAGAGUACCCCUUAUCCAGCCUCCCUGUUCAGUUGAGGAGCAUCCCGCAAGAAGCAGAAGCGAUCCUUCAUGAGAAAGGAUUUCAAGUGGUACCUGCUGCCUUUGAUAUGUGGCGUGUAUCGUUUUCCACUGCCGAGCGAAGGAUGCUCACCUCUGCUCCAGAUGGCUUUAAAACAUGUUACCGAGUUCUUAAAACUCUACGUGAUGACAUCUCAGAGAAACUAAUGCUAGAAUCCUCCCUGUUGCCGUCGUAUAUGUUUAAAACAGUCCUUUUGUCAGAGCUCUUUUCCAAGCCGACCCAUUUCUGGGAAAAUGAAAUUCUGUCACAAAGAAUCAUUCACGUCUUAGAAAUUGUUUUGCAAGGGGUGAAACGGGGAGAAAUUCAGAACUUCCUCAUACCAAGAUGCAAUCAGCUGGCUGAGGGGGGUCAUGAAAGCAAGCUGCGUCUUUGCAUUGUGAGCGAAAUGCUGAAUCGUGUGAAAGGCUUAGAAAUGACCCGCACUUUUAAAGAAGUUCAAGAAACAAAAAGGUGUGUCCGGCUUUUAGAGAUGAUUGAUAUAGUGGAGUACGUGUUUUCCAGCGCCCUGGCUGGAAAAGAUCUGGGCGCUCUCUGGAAUAAGAUGUUUGUUAACAUUGGAAACGUGCCUGGGUCGCGCCGAUUUGGCUGGUUUUGGAAUCAGUUUACCGAUCUGAACACUACAGAGCUCGAUGAAGAUGCCUAUGCGAAUCUGAUCGAAAUAUGGCACUUAGUGGAAGAUGCCUUUAGGGAGUUACUGGGAACCCUCUCAGGAGAACUAAACUUGUUAGUUCAGAAGUUCUACAUAAGGACCUGUGAAAAGAAAAGGAAAUUCGAGAUUGAGCAUGCUUACCGUGGCCUGUCCGCUGGACAUAAACCACAGCAGAUUUCUCUCCACCAAAUUUCCCAAGAGAUGGUAGACGAUCUGGCUGAAUCCUACGUCGAUGAGAAAAAUUCAUCCUGGGCAAACCUGCAUAAAGCAAUUCCUGCCGACAGCAAGAAUAAAGUGGAGGUUUUACGUAACGUAAGGGAUAAAACAGAGAAAGAAGGGAGCGAGAAAGGUUUUGAUGCCUUUAAACAAACCUUGAAGAGGUAUUUGGGUAUAAUCCCCGAGAAUGUCUUGAUGUCUGUCAUCGUUGGCUUCACUGGACAACUUUUUUUACAUGCGAAAGAAACACUGACACUUAAACUUGAAUACAUCAAGAUCCCAGAGUUGGAUUUAGACUGAAAUUUUAUUAACUGUCGGAAGAUCGGUGAUCAUCUAACCAUGGUGCAGUGAGGGAACUUGCACAAAAUCAAAAUCAUUAACUUUUCACUAAUUUGACAAACUACGUUUUGGUUAGUACGAACAAGUCGAUUCAGUUGAGCUCAAACGGACAUUAUUUCAGAUAAGAAUUUGUAUUAAAUUGUUACCCUCCUCUCUUAAAAUUUUUACUUUACAAGGAAUAAAGAAAAUGUUCCACUAGACAUAGAUUGACAUACUUUCAGAGGUUCUUUUAUUCCGAAUGGCGUUAGUAAAUAUGAUUAAAGGUUUCAGCCGUCCCUGCUUA